AUGAGGAUAUUGAUGUUGGGGCUCGAUGCUGCCGGAAAGACUACUAUUUUAUAUAAAUUAAAAUUAGGACAGUCAGUCACAACGAUACCUACGGUCGGUUUCAACGUGGAAACUGUUACGUAUAAGAACGUCAAAUUCAACGUGUGGGAUGUUGGGGGGCAGGACAAAAUACGACCACUUUGGAGGCAUUACUAUACAGGCACUCAAGGGUUAAUAUUCGUGGUGGACUGCGCAGACCGCGACCGCAUCGACGAAGCUCGCCAGGAGCUACACAGAAUCAUCAACGACAGGGAGAUGCGCGAUGCCAUCAUACUCAUCUUCGCCAAUAAACAGGACUUGCCCGACGCAAUGAAACCACAUGAGAUACAGGAGAAGUUAGGCUUGACGCGUAUCCGCGACCGCAACUGGCGGCGUCACGCCGCCGCACCGCGCCACGGUGAGGAUGUCGAUGCCAUUUAA